AUGACUGAAGAAUUUUAUGUUAAAAAUAAUAAAGAAGAAGUGACUCAGAAAAUUAUAACAGUAGAAGAAAAUCAGGUUGAGAAAGUUGACAUAGAACAGCCAUAUACACCAGAAGAUAAGAAAUCCAGAUUCAAGAAAUCUGAAUCUGAGGAAUUGGGUGUGAUAUAUGAUGCUGUUGCUGAAACUCAGAACCACAUCAUGAAUAAGGAAGAGAGAUAG